UCUACUAUCAACAUUUUACUAUCCAAGAUGUUACCCAAAGACGUAAAAUAUGUUAGCUUUUGGAUUGUAGUCAGUACUAUCAAAUAUUGCAAAAAUUAAAUGUGAGCGCAUGCGCUGAUUGUGGUGUAUACUUCGCCUAUUCAAUUGCGGUCCUAGUGUUUUCACGCACGUGUUUAUACAUAGUGAAAAAAGUUGUGAAUAAAAAAAUGGACGAAUUCGUUAAAAAUGUAUUAAUGUCAUGGAAUAUGGAAUCUUUAAUUCCAUCUUUUGAAGACGGUGAAAUUGAUGAAGAAUCGUUUAAUUUACUGGACAAGGAUACAAUAUCACUCAUUAUUCCAAAACCAGGGCCUCGCUUAAAAUUUUUUAAAAAAUUUCAAGAUUACAAAAAUCAAAAUCUGUCUAACAAUUACAAAAUUUUGGCGACUGCAGAAAAUCCCAUCAUUUCAAGGGAUAAUGUAAUAGAAUCCAAUGAAGUCGAAGAGGAUAAUUCUAUAGAAUUGGUCGAUAAUAAUGUAGGAAAUAAUCAGCCAGACAAAGAAAAUUUUGGGCAAUUAGAAAAACGCUUCAAAUCAUCAGAACCUUUUUCAAAUUCACUCUUUCCUGGUGGAUUGCGCAAGUAUCUUGAAUCGUCAGCAUGCGGGAAAAUAGUUUUGAGUAAUGAAAAUAAGAUUGAUGAAAAAAUCAGAAAUCUUAUAACAAAAUGUGUUGUAGAUCAUUUACUGUUGAAUUUUUUGACUGACGGAAUCACAAUUUCAAAAUCUAUAUUUAUUCAAGCUAGUGAAGAAAUAGUUCAUUCAUUUCCACAGGAAAAUAAAGGAAUUUAUUUUGUUCCGUAUAAAAGGGCAACAAAAACAUCGCCUAGAACGUUGAAUUGCGGAAAAUUGUGGAGCAGAUUUAAUUAUUUGAAAAAAAGUUUAGGAAAAGAUCCAACAGAAAAUGACAUCUCAUCGGCGAACACUUAUAAAAUUUCUGAUCCUGAAAUAAUUGCAGACAUUAAUGCAUCUUUGCAAUUUUUAAGAAGUAAUUUGGAACCAUUCGAAGAAAUUUUGAAACAUUGGACAAAAACUUUCUCCCAUAGAUGGAGUGUUCUAGAGAAUAAAAGUAUUUCAGAUUAUAUGGAAGAAUUUCCUAUUCUCCGAAUGCAAGACGGUUUGAGACUGCUUCUAUCAGAUUUCGAUAAAAAAUUUAAUGUAUUAACAAGCAAUAAGUUAUAUUCGCGAUGGGAAAAUCUUGCACAAGCUAUUUGUGCAAGCUUGAUAGAAAAAAGCAUUCUCACGCAAGACUCGAUUACUCCUCAAAACAGAGAUGCAAUCGCUUUAAAUAAUUUUACAUAUUUGUUUCCACAAAUUACAAACCGAGGCAACACAAAAGAUAAAGGAAAGAAAUGUUGGAGACCAUCACGAUUAGAACGUCAGAAAAGCUUCUUUCUUCACCUCAAUAAUGAGAGUGAUUAUAUCCAAGAACUGAACAUAAGGCAAACUAAAUUAGUAAAAUACGGAGAUACUAUUCAGCCUUUUAUUGUUUGCAUUGGGAAACUGAGCCUGCCUUCCAGAAUCUACUUGGUGAUCAACGAUCAGAAAUAUGUUAUGGAAAGUGUAGUCAAAGCGUUAGACUCUUGUUUCAAGAGUAUUUUUGCGUUGAAUGCAGGAUACAGUGCAGAAUCCAUAACUGUAUGGAAUUUUCUACAAAGAUAUGUAUACGACAUUCACGAAACAAAUGAGAAGAAUUACACCGGAAUUUCUUCAGUUUUAGCAGAUCUAAAAAAAGCAGGAUUUCAGUAGAAAAAGGUAUAGAGUACCUUCAAAAUCUUGUUUCCCGUUUCUAGAAUUUAAUUAACUACAGUAUUUAAAAAAGACUGAUAUUUUGUUUAUAUGUUCGUGAUAAUAAAUAUUAAGAGAAACGUUUGCAUAAUAUAUUGGUGAUAAUAGAUUUUAAAAAAACAUAUAAAUACGUUUUUAAGACAUUUAAAAAUGUUGAAAGUUUAAAAUGUUUAUUAGUAGUUAGAAAAGAGAGAACUAGGUAGUAGUAUGUUUUUAAAUAUUUUAUUAUAAAAAUAUUGAAAAAAAAUUUUUAUUACAAAAGAGAAAGAUUUAUAAUUAGAUUUGUAUAUGUACGAAGACUUCUGAAAAUAUUGCAAAAAAAUUGUAUUUUUUAUUCGUAUUCGCAAAAUGCUUUGAUAUAUUAUAAAAAAAACUUUAUACUGA